UAUGUAGAGCUGCGACUUGGAAGUGUAGGGGGAUCACUUGCAAUUUGCCAAUCAUCCCACACCAACUCACCGCGCCGACCUGCUCUCUUCUGUUCUGUCUUACAUCUUCGGCGCAGUCCUCUUGCACUUUGCGACAGUCGGCGGCUGCAGUGAGCUUUACGUGCGGUCCAAGAAGGAGCGUGAUACAGAUUCCUCGUCUCCUCGCUCUGAGAAGGAGCUCAUUAGGUACCAAGAUCGACGCAGGUCACGCUCGUGUUCGCUGGCCGGUAGCGCCCAAUUCCUGCACAAGAGACCUCUUCCGAGAACACGGAGGCCCAACAUGCCGAUGACGUUGGACAUCGAGCGCAAGCUCUUUGCGCGAUCCGAUCGGGUCAAGUCUGUCGACUUUCACCCCACCGAGCCAUGGGUCGUGACAGGUCUGUACAGCGGAGCAGUGCACAUUCAUAAUUACAAUACAGGUAGCAUAGUCAAGACUUUUGAAGUUGCUGAAGUGCCAGUCCGUUGCGUACGCUUCAUAGCUCGCAAGAGCUGGUUCAUUGCUGGAUCGGACGACUUCCAGCUCAGAGUCUUCAAUUACAACACGCACGAAAAGGUGACGAGCUUCGAAGCGCACCCGGACUAUAUCAGGAGCUUGGCAGUGCAUCCUACUGGACCUUAUGUCCUGACAGGAAGCGAUGAUAUGACCAUCCGGAUGUGGGACUGGGAAAAGGGUUGGAGGCACGUUCAGACCUUUGAGGGACAUGCGCACUACAUCAUGGCGUUGGCUUUCAAUCCCAAGGACAGCAACAGCUUUGCAUCUGCUUGCUUGGACCACACGGUCAAAUUCUGGACGCUGGGUUCCAGCACCGCCAACUUCACAUUAGAGGCGCAUGCCCGCGGGGUCAACUACGUCGACUACUACCACGGAGGUGACAAACCAUACGUGAUCACAGUCAGCGACGACAGGACGGUCAAAAUUUGGGACUACAUUUCCAAGUCUUGCGUUCAGACGCUCGAGGGUCACAUGUCCAACGUCUCCUUUGCCGUUUUCCACCCCUCCCUGCCGCUGAUCGUGUCCGGUUCGGAAGAUGGGACUGUCAAACUCUGGCACAGCAAUACGUACCGGCUCGAGACUACAUUGGACUACGGCUUGGAACGCGUUUGGUCCAUCGCUUACAAGAAGACGGGCAAUGACGUUGCGCUGGGUUACGACGAAGGUGUCGUCGUCGUCAAGCUCGGCAAGGAGGAGCCGAGCGUCAGCAUGGACGGUAGUGGAAAGGUUGUCUGGGUCAAAGGCGCUGAUGUGCUGAGCGCCAAUUUGGGUACUAAUGAUUAUGCCGACGUGACGGACGGUCAACGCAUCGCGGCCGGAUCUCGCGAGAUGGGCACUACCGAAGUCUACGCGCAGCUGAUGCUGCACUCUCCGAACGGCAGAUUCGUGACUGUCUGCGGUGAUGGCGAGUACAUCAUUUACACUGCUUUGGCCUGGCGCAACAAGGCGUUUGGCUCUGGCUUGGGAUUCGCUUGGUCGCACGACAGCAACACGUACGCCGUUAGGGAGAGCAGCACCUCGCUAAAGGUGUUCAGAAAUUUCAAGGAGAGGCCUGGACUCAUCAGUCCUGGAUACUCUUUUGAGGAUGUCAAAGGCGGGGCUCUUCUGGGAUUGCUGGGCAAUGGGUUUGUCUGCUUCUACGACUGGGACACUGGUGCGCUGGUCAGGCGCAUUGACGUCGAUGCGAAGAACCUCUACUGGUCCACCACCAACGAGCUCGUCGCCAUCGCUGGCGAAGAGUCAUUCUACGUUCUUCGGUUCGAUCGUGAGGCUUAUCAGACGUACCUCGAUUCCGGCGCUCCUGUCGAGGAUGAUGGCGUAGAGGACGCGUUUGAUGUCAUCACCGAGAUUCCCGAAGUCAUUCGCACGGCCAAGUGGACUGGCGAAUGCUUGCUGUAUACCAAUGGCCAAAAUCGCAUCCAAUACUUGGUCGGCGAGCACACUUACACCAUCAACCAUUCUGACCAAGAGCUCUACUUGCUCGGCUACCUGCCCCAACAUGGACGGGUGUAUCUUGUAGACAAGGAUGUCAACUUCUUUAGCUACGCCUUGUCAUUGGCCGUCGUGGAGUAUCAGACCGCUAUUUUGCGGCAGGACCUUGAUGGAGCUAAGGAGAUCCUUGACAGGGUACCCUCUGAGCAACGCAACCGCAUUGCUCGUUUCUUGGAAGCUCAAGAAUUGCGUCAACUGGCCUUGGAAGUCUCCACAGAUCCAGAUCAUCGAUUCGACCUCGCAGUAGCACUGGACGACUUUGAGACUGCGCUCGAUAUUGCGCGAACCGGACCUGCUGCGGGCUCAGAGCCUCGUUGGCGAACCAUUGGCGACAAGGCCUUGGCUCGUUGGAACGUGACUCUUGCAAGGGAAUGUUUCGAAAAGGCAAACGACUUCAGCUCAUUGUUGCUGUUGGACACAUCGACUGGCAACAGGCAAGGUUUGCAGACACUGGCGUCGGAUGCGAGGGGAAAGGGAAGCAGCAACAUUGCGUUUGCCGCUUUACUAUCUGUUGGGGAUGCGCAAGGGUGUGUGGACAUUCUGGAAGAGACGGGAAGGUCGGCCGAAGCGGCGCUGUUUGCGAGGACGUAUGCGCCCAGCAAGGUUCAUGCGUCUGUCCAUAGCUGGAGAGCUGAGCUGAAUGCAACCAAGAGGACCAAGCAGAGCGCCAUUGCCGCUUCCCUAGCAGAUCCCGUCUCCAAUCCGGAAGCUUUUGAAGAGGGCUGGGAAGCUGCGCUUGCCAAAGAGGAAGAGCUGCUCGCGGCUCUUCCUUCUAGAAGAGCAACGGAGGCGGAGUCCCCAGUAGUCGUGCCUGCGCAGGUCGCCUCUACGAACGGGCCCAACGGGGUCGUGUAGUGGGGCAUGUUCCGAGUGUUGAGCGACUCACCUCGAAAUGAUCAUGCAAUGUACAGCAGACAGUCUAGCAAAAUAUGUUUGAUACUACUUCUUUGCUCACACCACACGC